AUGGAAAGGGGAAACCACACUAGCUCUGAGUUCCUCCUUUUAGGAUUUUCUGGCAAUUCGGAGCAGCAACAGUUCACCUUCGGGCUGUUCCUGUGGAUGUACUUGACUGGGUUGUUAGGAAAUCUGCUCAUCAUCCUGACCAUCAGAUCUGUCUCGCAUCUGCACACCCCCAUGUAUUUCUUCCUGAGCCACCUGUCCUUCGUCGAUCUCUGCCUCACGACCACCACGGUCCCCAAGAUGCUGUUCAACAUCCAGACCCGGAAGAAAACCAUCUCUUACGCCGGCUGCCUGAGCCAGAUGUACUUCUUCAUUUUUCUUGGACUGAUGGACAGUUUCCUCCUGACGGUAAUGGCGUAUGACCGCUACGAGGCCAUCUGCCACCCUUUACAUUACUCUCUGAUCAUGAGCCCCCAGCUCUGUGUCUUCCUGGUGGCCGGGGCCUGGUUUAUCACUUUUCUCCAUGCCCUGUUGCACACUGUCCUGACCGCUCAGCUCUCUUUCUGUGGAGACAACAAAAUCCCUCACUUCUAUUGUGAUCUCACCGCCCUGCUCGAGCUUUCCUGCUCUGACACCACCACUAAUGAGGUGGUGAUUUUCACGGUAGCUGGACUGCUAGGAAUAGCUCCUCCAAUGUGUAUCCUUGCUUCCUACGCCUGCAUCGUCUCUGCUCUGCUGAAGCUUCCCUCUGCCAGGAGCAAGAGGAGAGCCUUCUCCACCUGCAGUUCUCACUUCACUGUGGUCACGCUGUUCUAUGGUGCUGGCCUGGGGGUGCAUUUCCAUCCCACAUCCUCCCACUCCAAGUACGAGGACUUAGUAGCAUCUGUGAUGUACACGGUGGUCACUCCCAUGUUGAACCCGCUCAUCUAUAGCCUGAGAAACGAGGACAUGAAGGGGGCCCUGAGAAAACUCUUCUUAGGAAAACAGUCUUUGCUCUAA